AUGAUUGUUUUAAAAAAACUAUUAAAAAAUCCAAACAUUUUAGAGCUUUCUUUAGAAAACCUAUCCAAAUUAUCAUCAAUUUCAAAUCAUGGAAUCAACCAAAAUGUGACCAACCAAAGUUAUUCAGAUGUAUCAAGUGAUUCUGUUAAUUCAGUUGUCUGUAGAGGCAUCAGUCGUGGAUGUUGUGGUAGUAGAGGAUGGGGUACCAAUAUCGAUAUUGAUAUCGAUGUUUGUAUUGGUCAUGCUUUUGGAGACAGACAUGGAGGAUGCUAUCUUAAUAUUAGUUGUAGUAGUAGUCAUCUUUAUAUUAACUAUUAA